AUGCGUGAAAGACCUCGCAUUUUUCUGAUACUUUUCACUGUUUCAACAACUUUGAUAUCAAAUAUUUGGGCGAGUUCAUUUCCAUGUGGUCCAAGUUUUGUGCCAUGCACUCAGAAACGAGCCUUUUCGGCGGUUUUACGUGAGUUCUGAUUUUGAAAAUCAAUUUUGAAAAAAUAUGAAAUGAAAAAGCAAGAAUUUGAACUCCAAUUUUUGAUUGAAUAAAAAAACUUUCCGAGAAUUUCAAUGUUCGUCAAAAAAAAAAACAAACAUUUCAAAUCAACUUGAAAAUUGUUCAAAAGUUUCAGAAUCUUGAGAAUAAACUGAUAAAUGAGGUCACAGCGUUUCAUGAAAAAAAACCCUUGAAUUUUUCUAAAAUUAUUAUUCAAAAAAUCAAACACUCAUAAAAUCCAGUUUCUAUCCAAUCUUUUCAAUCUUCAAAAGUGCGACUAGAUAAAAUCAGACCGGAAAUAUCUGGAUUACCCAACCUAGGCGUGAAUGAUUUCCAGAUUCACCAAGAUCUGAUAACUUUUCUCCAAAUUCAAUCGAUAAUCAUCUCAAAGAUGAGCUCAAAAAAUCGAUGAAAAAAGAGAUUGUCGAAAUUGCUGCAAUUGAAGCUAUCAACAUCACCGAAAAAUUAUUCAAUGAGACAGAAAAACAUAUGGCUGAUGAACUUUCGGAUACAAGUUUCAAGUCCUCGGAACUUGCAUGGUUACAGUAUACUUAUGCAGAUCAAUAUGCAAAAUAUUUAUCUUUUGCAGCUUUGUCCGCAAAUGUUGCUGCUCAAAAACUUAUCGAGUAUGUUGAAAGAUUUUUUCAUCAAGUUUUCGAAUAUUUUCAGAAAAAUUCCGAAAAAAAUGAAAAAGGCGAUCGAAUUCUUGCCAACUGAUCAAACCAAAAUGAAAGAUGUUUGUCCUAUCAGUCAAAUUGAAGAAUGUAUCAUCGGAAAAUAUCGGUGAGUUUCAGAAUUCACAAUUCACAAUAAAAAAUGUUUUGCAGAUCCUACACGGGGCUUUGCAAUAAUAUCAAGAAUCCGAGAAAUGGUGCAUCUUAUGAGAAACUUCAAAGAUUUUUACCAGCUGAUUAUGCAGAUAGUAUUAGUGCUCCACGAGUUGCGAAAUCUGGAAAUGAACUUCCUUCAGCUAGCGAACUUUCAGCCCUUUUUACACCUGCUCCAAAUGGUCAUUCAACUUGUUCACUUCUGAUCUCACCAUUUUUAUCAUUUCUUUAUGAUGAUAUGGUUCAUGUUCCAACAAAUCGGAUUUUUAAGAGUAAGUCACUUUUUUCCUGCCUUUAA